AUGCCGCGCCGCGCGGCCGGGGCGCUGCUGCUGGCGGCGAUCCUGGGGUGCGGGGCGCGCGGGGCGCGGGGCGCGGUGGCGCUCGCCGACUUCUACCCGUUCGGCGCGGAGCGCGGGGACGCGGCCACCCCGCGGCAGGACGACGGCGGCUCCGGGCUGCGCGCGCUCGCCGCGCCCUUCCCCUUCUUCGGCGCCGCGCACUCGGGGCUCUACGUGAACAAUAACGGGGUCAUCUCCUUCCUGAAGGAGGUGUCCCAGUUCACCCCGGCGGCCUUCCCCAUUGCCAAUGACCGCUGCGUGGUGGCAGCCUUCUGGGCGGACGUGGACAACCGGCGAGCCGGUGACGUGCACUACCGGGAGGCCACGGACCCGGCCACGCUGCAGCGCGCCUCGGCCGACGUCCGGCGCUACUUCCCGGAGCUGCCCCGCUUCUCCGCCAGCUGGGUCUUCGUGGCCACCUGGCUCCGCGUGACUUUCUUCGGAGGCAGCGCCUCUUCCCCUGUCAACACGUUCCAGACGGUGCUCAUCACCGACGGCAAGUUCUCCUUCACCAUCUUCAACUACGAGUCCAUCACGUGGACCACGGGCACGCACGCCAGCAGCGGGGGCAACGCCAGCGCUGGGGGCAUCGCAGCGCAGGCCGGCUUCAACGCGGGCGACGGGCUGCGCUACUUCAGCAUCCCCGGCUCGCGCACGGCGGACAUGGCCGAGGUGGAGACCACGACCAACGUGGGCGAGCCCGGGCGCUGGGCGUUCAGAAUCGAUGAUGCCCAGGUGCGCGUGGGGGGCUGCGGCCAUACAACCUCCGUGUGCCUGGCCCUGCGCCCCUGCCUUAACGGCGCCAAGUGCAUCGAUGACUGCGUCACGGGCAACCCUUCCUACAGCUGCUCCUGCCUCUCGGGCUUCACCGGGCGGCAGUGCCAGCUGGAUGUGGACGCAUGCGCCUCCCAGCCCUGCCGGAACGGAGGGACGUGUGCGCCUGGUGCCCAUGGCUUCAGCUGCCAGUGCCCGGCUGGCUUCCGAGGACCCAUCUGCGAGGCAGGAGGCACCCCGGAGCCGGACGCCUGCCUCUCAGCCCCUUGCCAGAAUGGGGGCGCCUGUGUGGGCGCGGAGCAGGGCUACGUGUGCGAGUGCCCCGGAGGCUUCGCGGGGCCCCACUGCAGGGAGCGAACCCCCGCGGGCUGUGAGUGCCAGAACGGCGGCAGAUGCUUAGAGGCCAACGCCACUGUCUGCCAGUGUCCCCCCGGGUUCUUCGGGCUCCUCUGUGAGUUCGAGGUCACGGCCACGCCCUGCACCGUGAACACACAGUGCCCGGACGGGGGCUACUGCAUGGAGCACGCGGGCAGCUACCUGUGCGUCUGCCACACGCCGCGCAACGUCAGCCACUCGCUGCCGUCGCCCUGUGACUCGGACCCCUGCGUCAACGGAGGCUCCUGCGAGGCCCGGGACGACGCCUACGCGUGUGUGUGCCCGCGCGGCUUCCACGGCCAGCGCUGCGAGCAAGCCCGGCCGCGCCUGUGCAGCUCCGGGCCCUGCAGGAACGGGGGCACGUGCAGGGAGGCGGCGGGCGAGUACCGCUGCAGCUGCCCCUACCGCUUCACCGGCCGGCACUGCGAGAUCGGGAGGCCGGACCCCUGCGCCUCGGGCCCCUGCCGCAACGGCGGCACCUGCUUCCACUACGUGGGGAAGUUCAAGUGCGACUGCCCCCGCGGCUUCUCCGGGCGGCGCUGCGAGGCGGAAACCCCCCCCCCCGUGAAGGAGGGCAUCGCCCACCCGACGCCAGGCGGCACCCACGUCCCGAGGGCGGCGGCGCGCAGGAGCAGACGAGAAGCUGCCAGCGGGGAGGACGCCGGCUCCGGGCCAGCCUGUGGCCCCCGAGGCCGCGUGGUCGGCAGCAGCCGGAGAGGGGGUGAGCACCCGCAGGUCGCCACCUCCGGCGUGGACGGCCCCCGCUGCCCCACGGUCCCCAGCGGGCGGCUGGUGGCACGCGGGCCUCUCCGGGUGGGCGAGGGUUCUGGGGUGGCUGAGCACAGACCUCACCCUGGGAGGUUCACAGAGGCCCCUGGGGCAGGGGCGUGGGCUUGGCCAGGCUCUGCGGAGGGGCCGCCUCAGAGCACAGGGUCUCUGGGCUCGUGUAGAAGCCCCCGCAGGCCCCAGCCUCAUCUCCCGUCCGCAGAGGCGGGCGAGUGCCAGGCACAGCUCUGCAGAAACGGAGGCUCCUGCAGGGGCCUCCCCGGGGCCUUCGUCUGCCAGUGCCCGGAAGGCUUCUCCGGGCCCCACUGCGAGACAGAGCUGGACGCCUGCGACCCCAGCCCCUGCAGGCACGGAGGCCGGUGCGAGGGCGGCAGCGGCGGGGCCUACCUGUGUGUGUGCCCCGAGGGCGUCUUCGGCCCCCACUGUGAGACAGUGGCAGACCCCUGUUUCUCCAGCCCCUGCGGGGGCCGCGGCUACUGCCAGGCCAGCAACGGGUCCCACAGCUGCACCUGCAAAGUGGGGUACACUGGCCAGGACUGCGCCAGAGAGCUCUCUCCGCCGACGGCCCUGAGGGUGGAGCGGGUGGAGGAGAGCGGGGUGUCCAUCUCCUGGCGCCCGCCCGAGGGCCCGGCGGCCAGGCAGCUGCUGGACGGCUACGCGGUCACCUACGCCGCCGCGGACGGCGCGCUCCGCCGCACAGACUUCGUGGACCGCAGCCGCUCCUCGCACCAGCUGCGCGCGCUGGCGGCCGGCCGCGCCUACAACAUCUCGGUCUUCUCGGUCAAGCGCCGCGCCCACAAGAACGACAUCAGCCGGCCGGCCGUGCUGCUGGCCCGCACGCGACCCCGCCCCGUGGAGGGCCUCCAGGUCACCAACGUGACGGCCAGCGCCAUCUCGGUGCGGUGGGCUCUGCACAGGAUCCGCCACGCCACCGUCAGCGGUGUGCGGGCGUCCAUCCGCCACCCCGAGACCCCAGAGGACCAGUCCACCGAGCUGGACAGGAGUGUGGGCGAGUUCACGUUCGGGUCCCUGCUGCCGGGACACAGGUACAGCAUCCGGGUGACGGCGCUCAGCGGGCCGGGGGCGCAGGCGCACCCCACCGAGAGCCUGGCCACAGCGCCACUGCACGUGUGGACACGUAAGCACCCCGCGGCCCCUGCCCCCGCCAACCUGACGGCCGCGCGCGUCACGGCCACCUCCGCGCACGUGGUGUGGGACGCCCCCGCGGCCGGCGCGCCCCUCGAGGCCUACGUCAUCAACGUGACCGGCGGCGCGAGUUCGCGGAGCCGCUACGUGCCGCGCGGGACGCUGGCGUCAUACACCGUGCGCGACCUGCUGCCCGGCCGGCGCUACCGGCUCUCGGUGACCGCCGUGCAGGCCGCGCCCGCCGGCCCGCUGCUCAGCGAGCCCGCGCACCUGCACAUCAUCACCUCCCCGAGGGACGGUGCCGACCGGCCCUGGCACCGAGACGGCCUCCCCCCACGGGCGCCCAGGAACAGGGCCCUGCCAGAGCCGCGUCUGCUCGGCGACCGGGGUGCCCCCGCAACACCCAACCCGGCCCCCAGGGCCUCGGAGCCGGUGGAUGGCAGAGGACACGUGGGCGCCAGGUUCAGCCACCCACCCCGCAGGCCACUGACCGUGAGAGCCCAGCCCACAGCUCUGGUGCAGCUCGGGGGCCCAGAGGAGGCGCCCCGGCAGGUCAGCCUGGCUCUCCAGCUCCCAGAAAAUGGACAUGGCGGUGGGGGCAGCGACCAGGAGAUGGGAAGUAAGUGGGCAGGGGCCCCCGCGGCCUGGAGAUGGGGGAGCAGCCGGUGGAAAUGCCCCACCCUUCACAGACAGGGCGCGGCGGGGCAGCACCCCCAGCAGGUGGGCAGCGAGGGCACCUGCCUCACGCCACCUGCGCCGAGGCCUGGGCUGCUGGCCUCAGUGGGCAGGGAGGGCUGGGCCGACACCGACGCUGGCAAACAGCCCCCCAGUCCCUCUGUCCCGGCCCCGGCCCCACCAUUCCCUUCGCCCUGGCCCUGCCCCCCAGUUCCUCUGCCCCGGCCCUGCCCCCCAUCCCCCCAAUACCCGCCGAGGCAGCUCAGUCAGUUGGUGCUUGAAAAAUAGUGGCCUCGAGGUGGGGAGCUGACCGUGCGCAGUGGUGGCACCUCGCGGCUGGCGGGCACGGCCGCCCUGCGUCUGGC